UAUUACCCGUACUGUACCGUGACAUGGGUUUAACUGGGAAAACAAUAAGAUUGAAGGCCCCCUCGCAAAAUAUUCAGGCAACAUACCACCUGCCUAGGAACAAAUACUUUUUAGUUUACGGCUGAAUUUAGCGUCAUUUAUUGGGACUACAGGAUGGCUCGCAUAUACCAGAAUUGUAGGCCUACAAUUAACAAUUAAAAUAGAAUGUCAUUCGUGUGAAAAGUGGAGAUCUUCCAAUGGAUAUUACAGUUUCGUAUUUUUAGGCAAAUUCAGGCUAGUAAAAUUCAACAUGUUUUGUGGUUAUUGCUUGCAGAUCUAUGUUUUAAGACCAUCAAAGUUGCUAGAAAAGAUAAGCCUUUUAAACUUUUCAUUGUCUGAAAUGGACAGAUGUAGUCAGAGAUUGACUAGUAUCAGUAUGUACUAUUAGAUACAUUCGGUGGUACUGUGUGGAUAACAUUGACAUGUUUUAGUGAACUAGAAACCGAUUCAUUUUUAAGUCGUUAAAGCAGAUCUCCAUUUCUGUAGGACUUCCGGUAGACCAUGACGCUUCCAUGCAGGGGCCGCUUGAGGUGGAUGUUCGGAGUCGUCUGCUGCGUAGCCAUAUUGUUCGUUAUGGGGUUAGCUGUUUGGAUUAAUCAACACAUGCCUGUCAAGCGACAUGGCGGAAUAAUUUUUGAAAUUGACGAAUACAGUUUGGAAGAAAAAGGCAAAAAAGUGAAUAUUAGCGACACAAAAGUUAUGACCAGUGAACGCCGUCACUCCCAGGAGACAACUUUAGGAAACACCUAUGCCAUUACUUUAAAAGCAUCGGAGAAGUUAAAUAAUUUAAACUCCUCUUCGUUGAAUCUAAGGGAGGCUACACAUGAUAAAAAUGGAACCUUAAAGUUCUGUUCCUUGAGUCCUACUGAUUUAGUUGGUAAUCUCGCCUGCAAGUGCAAUGAAACGACACCAGAGGAAAUUCUUCGCGACAAUGCUGGACUUAUAAAAGAAGGAAGGGUUCAACCGCUGGAUUGCAUCGCCAUGGAGAAGGUCGCCAUCGUCAUUCCUUACAGGGACAGGUAUAAGCACCUCCACCAGCUGCUGUCCAUGCUAAUACCGAUACUUAGUCGUCAGAAAGUUGAUGCAACUAUCUUCGUUGUUGAACAGGUUGGUCCAGUAUUGUUUAACCGCGGAGCCUUACAUAACGUCGGAUUUCUAGAAGCGGAGAAAUUGGGCAAGUUUGAUUGCUACAUAUUUCACGAUGUGGACUUGGUGCCUCUGAAUGACCAACAAGUGUACUCAUGUGGCGACAACCCGAUACACUUCUCAGUCGCCAUCAAAUAUGGCUUAUCACAGCAUUUCAGAAUUAUGUACAAAGCGAAUUUUGGCGGAGUUGUAGGACUGACUCGUGACCAAUAUCUGGCCCUCAACGGCAACUCAAAUCUGUAUUUCGGAUGGGGUGGUGAGGAUGAUGACUUGGCUGCAAGACUCAAUUUUCACAACAUGACCAAGCUCAGACGGUCACUGUCUAUCACUCGAUACGCCAUGCUGGGGCAUCAGCGACAAAAUAUCGUCAAUGGGAAUCCAGCCAGAAAUAAUAUUCUGAAGACAGCCAAACAGCGAAUGAAGAUUGAUGGUCUGAACACGAUAGAGUAUGUGCUGCACAAUCUGAACAUUCACCCGUUGUACGUAUGGUUUAAUGUGACACUGCUGAUGAAAGAAAUGUUUCAGAGCGCUCCAGACUUCCUACAAAAUGAGAUUGCAAUGAUGACUCAGCUGGAAGAAAAGAAAGCAAGAGCCUUGCUCAUCAAGUCGCCAUCAAGGCAAAUACAUUAACCAAGAAACUGUCAGUGUUGUGUCUUAGGCCUUAGCUCGUUUUAGGGCCCUUGACAUUCAACAGGCAACCCGUUGCUUGAAAUAAAUAAUUGACUAGAUGUUAACAUAUCAAUUUAAUGAGAUGAAAUUAUGUACAACGAAUACAAUGGUAAGGUAAUCGAUUAUUGGAUUUAACAAGGUCACGAAUGAUUAUAUUAUAGAUAUUAUGCUUAUACUCAAAGUAAGCAUUCUGCAACUUGCGGUCCCAUAAUACCAACACAACACAUUAGUACGUAUAUGGCCUCUACACAACAAACGCACAACACUGACCCACUGCUGGCUCUAGUGUAGACUCAACCUACAGUCCCAUCACUAACUUCCUGUAGAGAAAUAAGAAAAAUAAAUUGAAAGAUCUUGUCUAAUACUCGUAAGUUGUGCACCUAACUAGAAUUGGUGCAAGAAUUAUAGAACCAAUGCACCAACAAAACCACUGGAAGAAACAAACAGAGGAUCUAGAUGACAAGUAAACAUUGACUUCAGCAUCGUCAAGGCAACGGCUGCGUCGGGGAUUGCUUGUGGUAUUCAUUGGGUAUGUCGUCACUUAAAGUGGAUGCUUGAUGUAUUUAUAAAUAAGUUUAAAAGCGACAACUUGCAUCCGUUUUUUUGUUGUUCAUUUAUUAAGUAUCAGCCCCCUCCCUCUUCACUCAUGACACCCAUGUUGAUUUGAUCACAUUCAGGAGAAUGACCACUAGCACCACAGAAUCAGUUUCUUGAGUGGACAUUAAAAGGCAUAAAUACUUACCUGCUCUGUUCUUAGAAUAAUCGCAUCACCCGACUCGACACCAAAAAGUGGACAUUUAUUAUCUUGUAUUUCUCAGAGACCUAGCGUCCCUUGUUCGUGCCUAGAGAGUGGACAUUAAAAGAAAUACAUCCUUUCCUUCGUCCUGUGAGCAGUUUUAGAACACAAUAAAAACAGCAUAUUGAAAAUGUACAUUUUGAUAUGAUUGCACAAUUGUAUUAUACUUGAAGACGAUUCCUUAUCAUGUCUUUUCUAGAUUUUAAUAAAAUGUCUUAUGAAUGCUUGCCUGCUUGCCGAAUAGUUUUAUAUUUAAACUUGACCUAUUUUUCACUCUUGCGAAGUUUUUAGAACAUUUGGCCUCCCUCUCCAACGUUAAGAAUGCCUGUUGAAUGCUUUGAUGUAAUUAUCUUGACCUUUAUGUUAUACAUAUGCGUGGCCGUGUAUUUAUUGAUAUUUUGUGUGACUGUAUAUCCUCAGAGAGACAGAGUGCAUUUUUAUUAGCAUUGAAAUUAUGUUUCCAUUCGUAUUUAUCCAUUAAAAAAAAUGAAAUGAAAUAAUAAUUUUUUUUAUUCCAUUUAUUUGUACACUUCGGAAAUGUAAGGACACUUUCCAUUUAUGCAGUUUUUAGCUUGCAGAUGAUGUCAAAUCUGGCCAGUUUACUCUUCACCUGCUCAAUUGACUCUAAAAAGAUUUCAGUCGAAUACUUCAUAUCUAAUAUACAGUGUUGUCAUCUUUUCACGACGUUACAUACACAUUUUGUUAAUAGUGGAUUCAUUGAAAUGCAAAAUGAAGUUUACCUAUUACUAUGCAUAAUGUGAACUAGAUAAAUGAAAGUGAUACAUUGUGUUCCAUAACGGCGAUACAUUCACAAAACCACUCAAGUAGUAAAACGAACUACACUUGGAACGAUAUUUUAUUUUUUAUGCAAAUAAGCCGUACCUGUGCUAAAGAUUGAGUGGAAACUGUCAAAUAUGUGCUUAAGAUUUUGUCAAAUGUGCAACGUAAACAUAGAUUCCUGUAAACCUAAGAUACGAUUGCUUUAUUCAUCUUUACCGUACAUUUGUAGUGAUUACCAGGACCUUUUCCCCAUCCUUAAGUAAGAAUGUACCAAGCUUUGAAAGUCUGAAUAAAAUUUCAUCCAUUAAUUGUUAGCUUCCCCAUUCUUAAGUAAGAAUGUACCAAGCUUUGAAAGUCUGAAUAAAAUUUCAUCCAUUAAUUGUUGGCUUCCCCAUUCUUAAGUAAGAAUGUACCAAGCUUUGAAAGUCUGAAUAAAAUUUCAUCCAUUAA